AAGAAAAUGAUAGAGGCUGUGCAACUCGACGCCGACGCCUACCAACACCACGCUUAGUUUCUCACCGCCAGCCCUACAAUACCUUGGCGGCAAACCAUCACAGCGUCUGCAACUCGACGCCGACCAACACCACCACCAUGUCACUAACUUUGUAAGCCAACGCCGACACCGACGUCGACGCCAACCAACACCAUCACAGCCUCUGCAACUUGUCCACGCCGACGCCAACCAACACCACCACCAUAGGAUAAACAAAUAUAAAUCCAGAAAAAUCAUUAACGACAGAUCUACUUGAUUGAAGACCCACCCCAUAAAAAAUCCGUCAAUUUGUGAUUGGGUGGUGUAUUUGGCUUCUGUUUGGAGAGAUGGCGAGUUUGCUACUCGUGAGGGACAUUGAUGCGUGUUUCAUCUCACACUCUGGAUGUUUCCUCUGUUUUCUUCUGCCUAUGCCUUUUCCCUCUUUGCUGUCAUUGUUUUUUCUUUGAUUUGGGGCUCUGUUUUUGCCCUGUCUCUUAGUGCUUUUUUCUUCUGUUCCCUUCUUUACUUUUCUACACUUGUAUUAUAUUAUACUAUGGGUGACACCCCUUGUGCCCUUUAAUUCAAGUAUUUGGCUUACCAAAAAAAUGGAACUCAGAAAACCAGCCAGAAAAGUAAAAAUAAUCAAAGAGACAAAGAUGGAAAAGGCAUAAUCUCUAUUCUUUUAAAUUAAAUACAACAGCACACAUGUCUAAUUUUGGAUGUUUGAUUACAGGGCCUUGGCACCUCCAGAGUUGCUGAAAAUGAAAGUGGUUUGUUUUUGGAAUGUCAUUCUAUCGCUGGAAGUGACACACAGGAGUUAAUGCUCCAACUUCUCAGUCGUUUCUAAACUAUGUGUUUUUGGUUAUUGUUUAUGGAAGUAUUUUACUAUACCGAUGGAAACCACUCAAGGGAUUUUCACAAUUAAUGUGGAUGCAGCGGGUGUUGGCUCAGAUUGGGGAUUAGGAGUGGUUAUAAGAAAUCAAUUUGGUAAUGUGGUAGCAGCUAAAAUAAAAAAAUUGAGAGCUGCGCAUGGUCCUGAUUAUGCAGAAGCAAGUGCUAUCAUGUUGGGUCUUGAAGUGGCUUUGAAAUGUGGCUAUUUUUCUGUGAGAUUGGAAUCAGAUUGUCUUAGGGUUGUGCAAUCCAUAUUGCAGAAACGGUCCAAUAGUUCUUACCUUGGUGUACUGUUGAAACAGAUUAUUAACUUAGAGAAACAAAUGAGAAAGUUGCCAUCAAGAAGAUACAGAAUGCCUUUGAGAAUCGUGUUGAUGCGUUGAGAACUUUGCGUGAACUGCAGCUUCUUCGCCAUCUUCAUCAUGAUAAUGUGAUUGCUUUGAAAGACAUCAUGAUGCCUGUUCAUAGGAGUAGUUUCAAGGAUGUCUAUCUGGUUUAUGAACUCAUGGACACGGAUUUGCAUCAGAUCAUUAAGUCUUCUCAAUCACUGUCGAAUGAUCACUGUCAAUAUUUCCUCUUUCAGCUGCUUAGGGGCUUGAAAUACCUCCACUCAGCUAACAUCCUUCAUCGUGACUUGAAACCUGGGAAUCUUCUAAUUAAUGCAAAUUGCGACCUUAAAAUAUGUGAUUUUGGGUUAGCACGCAUUAACUGCAGCAAGAACCAGUUCAUGACUGAGUAUGUUGUCACUCGAUGGUAUAGGGCGCCAGAGCUUCUACUCUGCUGCGACAACUAUGGGACGUCUAUUGAUGUGUGGUCAGUGGGAUGCAUAUUUGCAGAGCUUCUUGGGCGAAAACCUAUUUUCCCUGGUUCAGAGUGUCUUAACCAGCUAAAAUUGAUUAUCAAUAUCCUUGGUAGUCAAAGGGAAGAGGAUAUUGAAUUUAUUGAUAAUCCAAAGGCAAAGGAGUAUAUCAAGUCAAUUUCAUAUUCUAUUGGAGCCCCCUUCUCCCGACUUUACCCGAAUGCGCAUCCAUUGGCAAUUGAUCUACUUGCAAAGAUGCUUGUUUUUGAUCCCACAAAGAGGAUUAGUGUCGCCGAAGCACUUCAACACCAUUACAUGGCCCCUCUCUAUGAUCCUAAUAGUGACCCUCCAGCCAUGAUUCCUGUUGAUCUUGACGUCGAUGAGGAUCUAGGGGAAAAGAUGAUAAGGGAGAUGAUGUGGAAGGAAAUGCUUCAUUACCAUCCUGAAUCUGCCAUAGAAAAUGCCGAGUUGUGCUCAUAAUCUUAUUUUCUACGUUUUUUUGGGGUUAUGCUCCCUUUUGUUGGUGCCUAUAGAGUCUAAUAUAAUAGCUUGCUUCAAAUAACUAGGAGGGAUUUGUCAUCAGAUACCUCAAUAUAUUCUCUGUUUCCUCUUUGUUGAGAGCAGAGAAAACAGCAAAAUGAUGGUCAUCUUGAAAAGUCAUGCACAACUAUGUUUUGCUGAUGAUGCAUGAUAGUUUUUAACCACCAUGCUGAGAGACUGACUUUGAGCUUUAUAUUGUAGUUUCCUCGUUCGAGUUGUACAUAAACAUGUUCUUGUGUCUGUAAUAAACCAUUUUGUAAAUUAAGUCGUGUUUAUCAGUAAUGUAUUAUCCUCUGUACUACAACAA